AAACGGAGCCUCUGAUUGGCUGAGCCGCUUCCUGUUUCCCGUCGGCAGCACACACACGUGAAGGUCAGCAAUACGUGUCCAAAUCUGUAAAAAGCAGGAAAAUACUGCCUCUGUCGCCCGUUUCCAGCGAAUAUGGACGGCCAGGGAGCGACAGCUGACCCUCAGCUGCAGCAUUUCAUCGAGAUCGAGUCUCAGAAACAAAGAUUUCAGCAGCUGGUGCAUCAGAUGACUGAAGUGUGCUGGGAGAAGUGCAUGGAUAAACCCGGACCAAAGCUCGACUCCAGGACUGAAGUGUGCUUUGUGAACUGCGUGGAGCGAUUUAUUGACACCAGCCAGUUCAUCCUAAAUAGACUGGAACAGACUCAGAGAAGCAGGGGGUCGUUCUCCGAGACCAUGGCGGAGUGAACACUGCUCCAGAAAAGACUGGCAAGAUACAGGCCGUCAGCCUCUGCUGCGAGAGCGCGCGGUUUGGUCAUGACACAGCUGUCCCUGUGGUGUGUUCAAGACCCGUCCAGUCAACUGGGAAGCGGAACGACAAAGUGUUACUUUUGAUACAAGUGCCUGACAUACAUCAUCCGUUUCGUUCUCUGUCAGUUUAUGGUCAUUUUAAAACUUUAAGGCUGCAGAUUUUUUUUGCAAGCAGUGGCAUUUUUUGUUCGAGCAUUGGGUUUAAAAAAAAAGGUUAACCAAGCAAACUGUACAACCGAGUUUGAAUGUGUUAAUUAUCACUGCUGUAGCUUUUGGGUUGAGUGGAACAGACUGGAAGGAAUCACAUCUGACAGCCACACAGACUUCACCACACCCUGGUAACACAACGCGGGAGAUGUCUUGACUCUGGGACGCCAGCAGAAAAAGGUUCUGGACUGUACAUAUGCAAUAAAUUAAAUGCCAAAUAAUUCUGUCCAUCAGUUUGAAACAUUUAGUCAACUAAUGUUUUAAUCAUCAAAUAAAACCAUUACAUUGGAUACAUGUUACAGUUUGGCACAUGUUCA